AUGGAUGACGUAUGGGAAGUUCUGGUGUGGGAAAGAAUAUGCCAAGUCUUUCCUAAUAGAAACAAUGGAAGUAGAGUACUCCUUACUACCCGUAAUAUUGAAGUUGCAAAGUCUAUCGACCCAUCUAUUGAUCCAUAUGAAUUGCAUGUUCUAGAAGAUGCAGAGACUAGUUGGCAACUUUUUCGCAGGAAGGUUUCUCCAAAUCAAGAUAUCCCCGGCGAGUUACAAGGUGUGGGUCAGAACCUUGCAAAGAAGCGCAGCGGUCUACCUCUUGCGUUGAUUGUGCUAGAAGGAUUUACGUCGAGCGAGUUUGAGAGAGAUUAG